AUGAACAAAUACCAUGACCUCAUGAUCAUUUUCUUGGUUACUUUCCCACUUCUUCAUGCUAAUGCACAAACCACGUUUGUAAAAGAUGAUGAGAAGACUAUAUUAUUGAAGCUCAAGAGCUAUUUGAGAAAUUCAUCUGAUAUCCAGCAGCGAUGGAAUCUCAGUUCAUCUCCUUGCAGUUGGCCAGAGAUUUCCUGUUCUCAUGGUUCUGUCACAGGCAUAAAUCUUAAAGACAAGAACCUUAAUUCAACCCCACCAAUCAUUUGUAAACUCAAGAAUCUCACACGUAUUUCACUUGCAUCAAAUAUUUUUUCGGGAUUAUUUCCAACAGCUCUUUACAACUGCUCGAAACUGAGAGUUCUUGAUAUUUCUUUUAACCAAUUCCAUGGACCAUUGCCUACGGACAUUUAUCGAAUGUCUAGACUAACCAGUUUAGAUCUCACUGGAAAUAAUUUCAAUGGCACCAUUCCAGGAGCUGUUGGUCAGCUUUCAGAGUUGAAACAUCUGCAUCUUAGGAACAACAAAUUUGAAGGUUCAAUACCCCGGGAAAUCGGAAAUCUCUCAAACCUUGAGAGCUUAGAUAUGUCGUACAUGGAGAAAUUUGAGCUUGCUACCAUUCCAGAGGAGCUAGGUAAGUUGAAGAAUUUGAAACAACUUCGGAUUAUUCAGUCAAAUUUGAUUGGAAACAUCCCAGAAACUUUUUCAAGUCUAUCCAGUCUCCGAUACAUGGAUUUAUCAGUAAAUUCCCUGACUGGAUCACUUCCAGUUUGGAUUUUUGGUUUAGAACAACUGAGAUACUUAUAUCUUCAAAGCAAUGGAUUUUAUGGCAGUUUACCAACCUCAAUUGGAGAGUUAAAGAUUUUCCGUCUAGAUCUUUCUUCGAAUAGAUUAUCUGGAAAGAUCCCAUUUAAAUAUGAUAAAGAAUCAGAAAUUCUGCUGAAUCUAACUGAAGAGAACUUGAUUGGGAGGGGAGGAUCUGGAAACGUCUACCAAAUUUCUGUCAAUGAAGAUAGAAGUCAUGUUGCUGUUAAAAGAAUAUGCAAUGACAGAAAAUUGGACAACAAUCUGGAGAAACAGUUUUUUGCAGAACUUCAAACAUUAAGUGGAAUUCGACAUGUCAACAUUGUUACACUAAUUUGCUGCAUUUCAAAUGAGAAGUCAAAAAUUCUAGUGUAUGAGUACAUGCAAAGAUGUGAAUCAUUGAUCAGUCCAGCAAAAUAUGUUGCCUUGACAUGGGAUGCCAGGCUGCGUAUUGCUAUUGGAGCUGCCUGUGGUCUUUGCUAUAUGCACCAUGAUUGUUCUCCGCCCAUUGUCCAUCGAGACAUCAAAUCAAGUAACAUCCUUCUGGACAAUGAAUUGAAUGCAAAAGUUGCAGAUUUUGGACUAGCAAAAGUCCUGGCCAAACAUGGACAUACUGAGACAGCUUCUGCUGUUGCUGGGACUUUUGGUUACAUUGCUCCAGAGUAUGCUUAUGCAGCAAAAGUAAGUAUGAAGAGCGACGUCUAUAGCUUUGGUGUUGUGUUGUUGGAGCUAGUUACUGGAGAGGAACCUGUUCAUAGAGAUGAAGACAUGAACCUUGCACAGUGGGCAUGGAAACACAUUGAAGAAGACAAACUUUUUGAAGAUGCUUUGGAUGAAGAAAUCAAGGAAUCAGCAAACUUGAAAGCAAUGAACGACGUGUUUAAAUUAGGGCUGAUGUGUACUAACAAGGUAGCUUCCGUCAGACCUUCCAUGAAGGAGGUAGUGCAAGUUCUUCUACUAUUAGCUACUAAUCAUCAUUCAUAGGAAGGGAUAGAUCAUAGAAGGUUAACCUUUACUUUGGCUACUAGUAGUUGCUCAUAGUUAGUAUCAAAAUAUGAAAAAUUAGUUGGAUCUCAUAUGGUUAGAUUAUUUGCUAUUCAUUUAUCCAUUCAUUGAUUUGUAGAUAUAUCAUCAUGUUGGAUGCUUGUCCAAAUAAA